CAAACAUGAGUUUGAUUGGUCAUAUUCUCCCUCCAUUUCCUUCAACCUCCAAGCUCUCAUCAACCACGAAGACCUCUCUUUGCCUUCAAAUCCCAGAAGCCACUUUACAAAAUCCAAACCCCAAACCCAUAUUCCUAUCUAAACUACUCUCUUUAGCUCUGGCUGCAACCUUGAGCUCCCCAUUACCUGCUCUCGCAAUCCCUUCUCUCAACUCCCAGUCCUCUCUGCUCCCUCCCACCACUCCAUUCUCCCAAUCCAAGAAUUUGGAGCUUGGACUCGAAAAUGGGAAAAUCAGACCUUGCCCGUCAACAAAUCCGGGUUGUGUAUCCACAAAUCCCAAAUCGUCAUCAUUUGCAUUCCCGUUGAGAAUUCCUGAAAAUUCUUCAGACAAUGCGAUUCAGAAAUUGCAAGAAGCAAUCCUGAAAACACAGAAAAACGCAAAAAUUCAGGUAGUGGAAGAUACACCAAAUGGGCAAUAUUUACAAGCUGAGAUUGAUGGAGGGUUCGGCCGGGAUGUGCUUGAGUUUUUGGUGAAAGGAGAUGUGGUGGUAUAUAGGGCUAUGGCCACAAAAGUAACGUAUGUGUAUCCCUUCACAACGGCUUUUGGGGAUUCAAAGGGACAAGAAGAAAGAAUGAAGAAGAUUAUUGAUCAGUUGGGCUGGUAUGCUCCGAGUUUUGAUUCAAUGGACUAGUAUCAUUUCAUAUUGUCAAUACAAAAAACAAAGUGCAUUGGUACUAGACCAUGUUUAUCCUAAUUUAUUCAUUGGCCGGAUGAUAUUCUUAAUGUCAUCUUUUUACUGUUCA